GGGAGAGAGAGAGAGAGAGAAAUAGAAGGAGAAACAAAAGUUAUAGACUUCGCUUUCUUCAAUUUCAGCACUGAUUUCUCCAAUAUAAAAACCCAAAAAGGGAGGAAAUAAAAAGGCUGAGUUUUUUUUUUUGUUUUGAGUGGAACAAUGGCGGCUAAUAAUAAUAAUAAUAAUAAUAGCAAGUUAGAGAAGUUGGCAUCGAUUGAUGCACAGCUACGGCUUUUGGUUCCUUCUAAAGUGAGUGAAGAUGAUAAAUUGGUGGAGUAUGAUGCUUUGCUUUUGGAUCGGUUUCUUGAUAUUCUUCAAGACUUGCAUGGCGAGGAUCUUAAGGAAACGGUUCAAGAAUGUUAUGAACUUUCUGCCGAGUAUGAAGGGAAGAAUAACCCCAAGAAACUUGAGGAGCUGGGAAAUGUGUUGACGAGUUUGGAUCCGGGGGACUCCAUUGUUGUAGCUAAAGCUUUCUCCCACAUGCUUAACUUGGCUAACCUAGCUGAGGAAGUUCAGAUUGCUUACCGCCGAAGGAUCAAGUUGAAGAAAGGUGAUUUUAUUGAUGAAAACUCUGCAACAACUGAAUCAGACAUUGAAGAAACUCUCAAGAGACUUGUGUUUGAUCUGAAGAAGUCUCCCGAGGAAGUUUUUGAUGCUCUUAAGAACCAGACUGUGGAUCUAGUAUUCACUGCUCAUCCUACCCAAUCAGUUCGUAGAUCUUUACUGCAGAAGCAUGGAAGGAUAAGGAACUGUUUAGCGCAGUUGUAUGCUAAAGAUAUUACUCCAGAUGAUAAGCAGGAGCUUGAUGAGGCUUUACAGCGUGAGAUUCAAGCUGCAUUUCGUACAGAUGAGAUUCGAAGGACCCCUCCAACUCCCCAAGAUGAGAUGAGGGCAGGAAUGAGCUACUUCCAUGAAACAGUAUGGAAAGGUGUCCCAAAAUUCUUGCGCCGAGUUGACACAGCUUUGAAGAACAUUGGAAUUAAUGAACGUGUUCCCUACAAUGCGCCACUUAUUCAAUUUUCUUCAUGGAUGGGUGGUGAUCGUGAUGGCAAUCCAAGGGUAACUCCUGAGGUUACAAGGGAUGUUUGCUUGUUGGCUAGAAUGAUGGCUGCCAAUUUGUACUAUUCCCAAAUUGAGGAUCUGAUGUUUGAGUUGUCCAUGUGGCGUUGCAGCGAUGAGCUUCGUGUUCGUGCAGAUGAACUUCAUAGAUCCUCAAGGAGAGAUGCUAAACACUACAUAGAGUUUUGGAAACAAAUUCCUCCCAAUGAACCCUACCGUGUUAUUCUUGGUGAUGUGAGGGAUAAGCUGUAUCAGACACGUGAAAGGUCUCGUCAAAUGUUAUCCCAUGGUAUCUCUGACAUUCCAGAGGAAGCAACUUUCACCAACAUUGAGCAGUUUUUGGAACCUCUUGAACUUUGCUAUAGAUCACUUUGCUCUUGCGGUGACCGGCCAAUUGCUGAUGGAAGCCUUCUUGAUUUCUUGAGACAAGUAUCAACCUUUGGACUCUCACUUGUCAGACUUGACAUUAGGCAAGAGUCUGACCGCCACACUGAUGUCAUAGAUGCCAUUACCAAGCACUUGGAACUGGGUUCCUAUCGUGAGUGGUCUGAAGAACGUAAGCAGGAAUGGCUAUUAUCUGAACUGAGUGGGAAGCGCCCAUUAUUUGGUCCUGAUCUUCCUAAAACAGAAGAAAUUGCUGAUGUUUUGGACACAUUCCAUGUCAUAGCAGAGCUCCCAGCAGACAACUUUGGAGCAUACAUCAUUUCAAUGGCAACUGCACCUUCUGAUGUUCUAGCUGUUGAGCUCCUGCAGCGUGAAUGCCACGUAAAGGAACCAUUAAGAGUUGUACCACUCUUUGAGAAGCUUGCAGAUCUGGAGGCUGCACCUGCUGCUUUGGCUCGGCUCUUCUCAAUAGAUUGGUACAGAAAUCGGAUCAAUGGCAAGCAAGAAGUUAUGAUUGGGUAUUCAGAUUCAGGUAAAGAUGCUGGGCGUCUCUCUGCAGCCUGGCAGUUAUACAAAGCUCAGGAGGAGCUUAUAAAGGUUGCUAAGCAAUUUGGUGUGAAGCUAACAAUGUUCCAUGGUCGUGGUGGAACUGUUGGAAGAGGAGGUGGUCCCACCCAUCUUGCUAUAUUGUCUCAACCACCAGAGACUAUUCAUGGGUCACUUCGUGUAACAGUUCAAGGUGAAGUUAUAGAGCAAUCAUUUGGUGAGGAGCACUUGUGCUUUAGAACACUCCAGCGUUUUACAGCUGCCACACUUGAGCAUGGUAUGCAUCCACCAGUUUCACCAAAACCAGAAUGGCGUGCACUGAUGGAUGAAAUGGCCGUUAUUGCUACAGAGAAGUACCGUUCCAUUGUCUUCCAAGAGCCCAGAUUUGUUGAAUAUUUCCGCCUUGCUACACCAGAGUUGGAGUAUGGUAGGAUGAACAUUGGAAGUCGACCAUCAAAGCGGAAGCCAAGUGGGGGUAUUGAAUCUCUCCGUGCAAUUCCCUGGAUCUUUGCCUGGACACAGACAAGAUUUCAUCUUCCUGUUUGGCUUGGUUUUGGAGCAGCAUUUAAACAUGCCAUUAAGAAGGACAUCAAGAAUCUCCAUAUGCUCCAGGAGAUGUACAAUAAUUGGCCUUUCUUCAGGGUCACAAUUGAUUUAGUUGAAAUGGUCUUUGCAAAAGGAGAUCCUGGAAUAGCAGCCUUGUAUGAUAAGCUCCUUGUUUCUCCUGAAUUGUGGUCAUUCGGCAAGCGGUUGAGGACCAACUAUGAAGAAACAAAGAGCCUUCUCCUCCAGAUUGCUGGCCACAGGGAUCUUCUUGAAGGGGACCCAUACUUGAAGCAAAGGCUCCGGCUGCGUGAUUCAUACAUCACAACACUCAAUGUUUGCCAGGCCUACACACUCAAACGGAUCCGUGAUCCAAAUUACAAUGUGAAGUUGCGGCCACAUAUCUCCAGAGAGAUUAUGGAAUCAAGCAAACCAGCUGAUGAACUUGUGAAAUUGAACCCUACUAGUGAGUACGCCCCUGGUUUGGAGGAUACCCUCAUCUUGACUAUGAAGGGUAUUGCUGCAGGCAUGCAAAACACUGGUUAAAUAAACUCAAAACUUUGCUUCCUUUUUUUUCUGCUGCAUCUCUAAUUGUAGCCUUAGCCCCGAGAAUGAGAAUUAUGCAUUGGAGACGGAUGCUGUUUAAGCGAAAACCUCUCUUGUAGUUAAAGAAAGAAGUGGGUGCUAUUUAAAUUAUCCGCCAUAAGGUCAAAUGUUUGGUGACCCAUGUAAACUGUAUGAUUAUGUUGCUGAGCUUAGACUCUUUUCGCAAUGGCAGUGUUUCUUACUGCUAGACAAUGAAUGGAACUGACUAAUUAUGGUAUGAUACAAGUAAUGCCCUCGAGGCUUCGGGGUUCUUGUUUAUA